UAACAUAGCAUAGCGUAAACUGGACGGUCUUAAAACUCAGACGCAGGUUUGACCGCUUCCCUCAAACUGGAUUAACCAAUACUGGCAGCCCAAUCCUGAAAUCAAUUGAGAUUUCCACCGGGUUUAUCACCCCCAACACACAUACCGCUCUCGCUUCCGUUCAUCUCCCGUCACCAUUGAAGAAGCUCCAGUUGAGAUCCCUCGUCCUCCAUCCAAAAUCAUGGGAUUCCAUUCCCGAAUUUGAGCUGCGCGAUCUGACGAGCAAUUUAUCCUUAGGAUAUACGUCGUGCUGUUUGGAAUUGGUGGUUCAUUCAUGUAACGUGAAUUUCCUAGCUGAUUCGUUUUGUAGCUUGUUAGUUUCUGGAACGUAUGUCGCUUGGUUAUCGGCAACUUGCAGAGAAGCAAUGGUAAGUGAAAUAUAUGUCAUGUACAUGCUUGUGAAUUACACAGAGCUCGCUUAAUACAGAAACCAUGGAUUCGAAGGACCGGUUGAUUAUGGAUCAUAGUACUGUCAUGUAAUAGCAACUUGAACUUCUUCGAGUUCUAGAAGGAAGCAUGAACAUCGUUAAGGGUGUAGCUGACCUGAUUCGUAGGACGUCUAGUGGUCCUAUUGGAGUGCCCGUUUCAGGGUCACAAGCUAACUGGUCACAUCCUCCGGGUCCAAAAAUACGAUUCGGUGAAGUUGGCGAUGAGGCAAUUCUUAAUGAACUUUGGGUUAGAUAUGAGAAAGCUGCUGAUAAGGGGGAGAGAAAAAGGAUGUUUUAUGUUUUCUUGAAGCAAUUUAUUGUAGCAUACAAGAACUGGAAACCAAUAAAUUCUGGCUGGCUCUCGGAGGAUGCCUUAGCUUCUGAGGAGAACUCGUCAACUUCAGAUCAUACUGUUGUUGGCUGCUCUAGUGGACAUCCUGCAGAAAUCAUUUUAAAAUUAUCUGAAGAGGUCAAGCAAUUGACUUCUCUUAUUGUUGAAUGGCGGUCAACAGCAGACUUACUUGGAGCAUCAAUUGGCUUACAUUUAACUUCAGAAGGGUUUAUAGUCUUGGAUGCCUUGGCAAUAGUUAUGCGGUCGAUGCAUAACUGUAAAGUUUUUGGGUACUAUAGUGGGAUUCAGAAGCUCACAGCAUUGAUGAAAGGGGCUGUUAUCCAACUUAAGACAAUAGCAGGCGAACUUUCUGUUGAUGAAGGUCUAUCUAAUACUGUUGUGGAAAAUACCAGACUCCUACAACAGAUGUUAAAAUAUUUGGUGUCAAUAGUACACAUUUUCAUUGACAUUGAUUCGCUUCCUGAUGUGGAGGAUCAUUCUCUAAGUAUGAAGGUACCAACUUGUGAAGAGAGAUUAAUGUGGCGCCAGAAGGCAGUUGUGUCAGUGAUGGAAGCUGGUGGAAUUAAUUGGUUAGUAGAAUUGUUGCGCGUUACUAGAAGGUUGAAUAUCAAAGAACAAAAUAUUGAAGUUGAGAUCCAAUUCUUGGCUUUAAAAAUUCUCUAUUCUGCAUUAUCUGAGAACCCACGGGGUCAAAAUCAUUUUAAAAGCAUUGGUGGACUUGAAGUCUUGUUAGAUGGUCUUGGACUUCCAUCCAAAAUUGUUUUAGCUCCGAAGGACCCAACUGAUGCUGACCAGAAAAGAGACGAGAGUCGCUUCCUUAACAUUUUGCAGCUGCAUGUUCUUUCACUGGCAGUCCUUAGAGAGGCCGUAUUUGGGAAUUUAAACAACAUGCAAUUUUUGUGUGAAAACGGGAGAGUACAAAAAUUUGCAAAUAGCUUUUGUUCUCCAGCUUUCAUGCUUCAAGAAUACAAACUGCAGAUUAGGGAGUUAUCUGGACAACAUGAUUUUAGAUGGCCUAUCCUUGACUGUAAAUACAAUGUUGCAGCACAUUCAGGAGAGUGUUCAGUUGUACCUUUAGCCAAUCUCACUCACAUACAAUCUUGGAAUGAAUAUGUUGUGAAGUUAUGCAGAGUACUUUGUUCUUUUCUUCUUGCUCCAGAAGAUGUUAAACCUCAUCAUCCUCAACCAUCUUCUAUCCGAAUCAUGACACCAGUUUCAUUGGUCUAUGGCGAUCUUUCAAUCAAAUGGGUCAUGAGGGUACUUGUAGCCGUGUUCCCCUGCAUUAGGGCUUGCUCUAAUCAAAAUGAUUUGCCUGCCCACUUGAGGAUCCUUGCCAAUGCUUUGCAACACUCCGUCCUUACUGCAUUUAGAAAGUUCCUUGUUUCUUCUCCAGUGUCUCUUGAAAUUUUUCGAGAAGAGGGGAUAUGGGAUCUUUUCUUCUCCGAGAAUUUUUUCUAUUUUGGACAUGCUUUUGAGGAGUUUUUCUUAGAAUGUUGCGUAAACAGUGGUGAUGAUUUCUUGGAGAAACCUGAAACAUAUUAUGCUACUUGCUCAAAGAGUCCGCUAAAGGUUGACGGGGUUGAUAUAAUUCAAAUUGAAGUAAUUUCAUUUGUAGAGUUUGCUUCAACUUCUUGUGGAAGUGCACAUAAUUUACCUGAAUUAUCUGCUUUAUUAGACACCCUUGAACAGUCUGCUUGUAAUCCGGACGUUGCCAUUGCUCUCUCUAAAAGCUUGCUCCGCAUAUUACAAAUUUCAUCUGAGAGAACUGUUGCUUCAUUCAAGACACUGAAUGCAGUUCCCCGGUUGCUUAAAGUUGCUUGUGUUCAAGCCCAGGAACACAGAAGAUCUGGAAAUGUUAUUUCAUCUGAGAUUAAUUAUGUCGAAGACAUUCAAUCUCGAAGUAAUCAGGGAACUGAUUCAAGGGAGACAGGUCAAAGUUGUCUUGCAUGCUUGGAAACCAUCAUGGAGGUUUUCACAGAAUUUUUCUCAAUAGGAGACGAAGCUAAAAAUUUGGUUCUGCUUAAUUCAACAUCAAUUGAUUGUUUGUUUGAUUUAUUUUGGGAAGAAAGUUUGAGAAGCCGUGUACUUAAACACACACUUGAGCUCAUAAAGAUAAAACCAAUUUCUGAGGAAGAUCAAAAGGCGAAACUGUAUAUUUGUACGAAAUAUCUUGAAAUGUUUGCUCAAAUUAAAGAGCGGGAGAAAAGUUCUACGGAUCUCUCUAUUGAUCUGUUGGUUGGAAUCAGAGAGAUUCUUCUGAAUGAUCCUCAGUACUACCAAACUCUGUUUCGUGAUGGAGAGUGCUUUUUGCAUAUUGUCUCUUUGUUGAAUGGUAAUGUUGAUGAGGCGGAUGGUGAAAGGUUGAUUUUGAACGUCCUUCAAACUCUUACUUGUCUGCUAGCUAAAAAUGAAGUCUCAAAGGCUUCAUUUAGAGCUUUGGCUGGCAAAGGUUACCAGACAAUGCAAACUUUGCUCUUGGACUUCUGUCAGUGCCAUCCAAGUGAUGCACUCUUAAGUGCCCUGCUUGAUAUGCUUGUUGAUGGAAAUUUUGACUUGAAGCUGUGCCCUGUUAUACAGAAUGAAGACGUGAUCAUUCUUUAUCUGAGUGUUCUGCAGAAGAGCAGUGAGCCACUGCAGCAUCAAGGGCUUAAUAUGUUUCAACAGCUUCUUCGGGAUUCUAUAUCCAAUCGAGCUUCUUGUGUGAGAGCAGGAAUGCUGACUUUUCUUCUGGAUUGGUUUGGUCAAGAUAACAAUGACGAUGUCAUUGUGAAAAUUGCUCAGUUAAUUCAAGUAAUAGGUGGGCAUAGUGUAUCCGGGAAGGAUAUCCGCAAAAUUUUUGCUUUGUUGAGGAGUGAGAAAGUUGGGAAACAGAAACGUUAUUGUUCAUUGUUGAUGGCCAGUAUUUUGUCAAUGCUAACUGAGAAGGGACCGACUGCUUUUUUUGAUCUGAGUGGGAACAAUUCUGGGAUCUUAAUUAAAACACCGGUUCAGUGGCCUCUCAAUAAAGGAUUUUCCUUUUCAUGUUGGCUUCGGGUAGAAAACUUCCCAAUACAUGGAACAAUGGGUCUAUUCAACUUCCUUACAGAAAAUGGAAGAGGCUGCUUGGCUGUGCUUGCAAAGAACAAGAUUAUUUAUGAGUCUAUCAAUCUGAGGAGACAGAGUGUCAGGCUACAUGUUAAUGUAUCCAGAAAGAAGUGGCAUUUUCUUUGUAUAACCCAUAGUAUUGGAAGAGCAUUUUCUGGGGGUAGCUUGUUGCGGUGUUAUGUGGAUGGUGAUCUUGUUUCCUCUGAGAGAUGCAGAUAUGCUAAAGUUAAUGAACCACUAACAAAUUGCACGGUGGGAGCAAAGUUCAAUGUGUCUCUGAGUGAAGAAGUUGAUACUAAGGAAUCUGUUGAAGCUGCAUUUCCUUUUCUUGGUCAGAUAGGUCCUGUUUAUUUGUUUAGUGAUGCUAUUUCUUCUGAGCAAGUGCAGGGUAUUCAUUCUCUUGGACCAAGCUAUAUGUAUUCAUUUCUUGACAAUGACAUUGCUACUUUCUCUGAGAAUCAAUUGCCUAGAGGAAUUCUCAAUGCUAAAGAGAGUUUGGCAUCAAAAAUUAUCUUCGGCCUUAAUGCACAGGCAAGCAGUGGAAAAUCAUUAUUUAAUGUUUCACCAACAUUAGAUCUCAUUUUGGAAAAGAACUCUUUUGAAGCUACUGCUAUGGUUGGCACAGAGUUAUGUUCAAGACGCUUACUACAGAAGAUUAUCUACUGUGUUGGGGGUGUCACUGUACUUUUUCCUCUAAUUUCUCAGUCUGACAGAUAUGAAAGUGAAAGUGAAAGUAAUGGUCAGAAUGUGGAUGUAAUUGGUACGAAAGAGUGUCUAACAGCUGAAGUUAUUGAACUUAUUGCUUCUGUCCUUGAUGAGAAUUUACCAAAUCAACACCAGAUGCAUCUCCUUUCUGGAUUCUCCAUUCUGGGAUUUUUGCUGCAAUCGGUCAAUCCCCUACAACUUAAUAUGGAAACUCUUGCAGCCUUGAAACAUCUUUUCAAUGUCAUUGCGAACUGUGGAUUUUCUGAGCUUCUCAUUCAAGAUGCUAUAUCUAGCAUAUUUCUUAAUCUCUCAAUCUGGAUCUAUUCUGCUUAUGAGGUGCAGCGUGAAUUAUACUUGUUUCUCAUUCAGCAGUUUGAUAAUGAUCCCAGACUGCUGAAGAAUCUUUGCCGCCUUCCACUUAUUCUUGAUAUGAUUUGUAAGUUUUACUGUGACAAAGCUAACUGUAAAUUUGCUUCUGGAAGCAAAACUUCUCUGCAUCCACCUGUUGGCGUUCUUGGAGAAAGACCUACUAAGGAUGAAAUAAGGAAAAUUCGUCUUCUUUUACUAAGCCUUGGGGAGAUGAGCAUUCGGCAAAAUAUUGUAGCAGCUGAUAUAAAAGCUCUUAUUGCUUUUUUUGAAAGAAACCAGGAUGUGACAUGCAUCGAGGAUGUUUUACAUAUGGUUAUAAGGGCUAUAGCUCAAAAGAAAGUUCUUGCUUCUUUCCACGACCAAGUUAGUUUCAUCGGUGGCUAUCCAAUUUUUGUCAAUCUUCUACAGAGGGAAUUUGAACCUAUCAGAUUGCUUAGCUUGCAGUUUCUUGGUAGACUUUUGGUUGAUCUUCCUUCCGAGAAGAAAGGACUUAGAUUUUUCAAUCUCCCAGGUGGAAAAGCUAAAUCUGUUCAAGAUAGCCAUAAGAAAAAUGGUUUGAGGAUGCAACCGCUAUUCUCAGCUAUAUCUGAUAGGUUGUUUAGGUUUCCACCAACAGACAAUUUAUGUGCUGCAUUGUUUGAUGUUCUUCUAGGGGGUGCAAGCCCCAAACAGGUAUUGCAGAAACAAAAUCAGUCUGAUGGACAAAAAAACAAAUCUCCUGGAUCUCACUUUGCUGUUCCACAGAGUUUAGUUCUUAUUUUCCGGUUCUUAUGUAGCUGUGAGGAUAUUUCUGCCAGACUAAAAAUAAUCACAGAUCUUCUUGAUCUUCUUGACACGAAUUCUUCGAAUAUUGAAGCUUUUAUGGAAUAUGGGUGGAAUGCUUGGUUGACAGCUUCUGUAAAGCUUGCUGCUUUGCAGCAGUACAAAGUUGGGUCAUUAGAUCAAGUUGACGAUAAAAUAAAUGAGCAGCGUUCUAUAAGGAAACUGUUUUCUGUUGUUCUUUUGCAUUGCAUAUGGUCUGUGAAGGGUGGCUGGCAACAAUUAGAAGAAACAGCAACUUUCCUUCUUAUGCAGUCUGAGAAAGUAUGUUGAAUUCUUUUGCAAAUU